AUGAAGGCCAUACUCAGCAUCAAUGCCGGCUCCAGCUCGGUCAAGAUCUCCGUCUACGCCGCCUCCCACCACAAGGCCACACCACGCGAAAUCGCCGACGCCCAAGUGAGCGGACUGACGGCCCCUCCAGCCAAGCUCACGUACAACCGACAAGGCACCUCGGUCGAGAAGGACAAGGAGGUCGAUGCGAACAGUCAAGAUACCGCCUUCCGCCUCCUCCUGGACACCCUCAUCAACGACGAGGCGCUUAAGGACAUUGCCUCCAAGGACGACAUUGCUAUUGCCUGCCAUCGCAUCGUCCACGGCGGGGACUAUGACGACGCCCAGCUCAUCACCAAGGACACCUACCAUCAUAUCGAGGCCCUCAGCGAUCUCGCGCCGCUCCACAACGGCGCCGCCCUCGGCAUAGUCGACGCCUGCAUCAACCAGCUCCCCUCGACACACAACGUCGCCUGCUUUGACUCGCAGUACCACCAGUCCAUCCCCGCCCACAUUGCGACCUACCCCAUCAACCAGGACAUUGCCAAGAAAAACAAGCUGCGCAAGUACGGCUUCCACGGGCUCAGCUACGCCUUCAUCGCCCGCUCCACCGCCGAGUUUCUGCACAAGGACGAGAGCAGUCUCAAUAUUAUCGCCCUGCAUCUCGGCAGCGGCGCGAGCGCCUGCGCCAUUCAUAAUGGCCAGAGCCGAGACACGAGCAUGGGUCUCACACCGCUCGCUGGCCUCCCCGGCGCAACACGUUCCGGCAGCGUCGAUCCCAGCCUCGUCUUCCACUAUGCCAGCGACGUCGGCAAACUAUCCCCCGCCUCCACGUCGCAGCUCCACAUCUCCCGCGCCGAAGAGAUCCUCAACAAGAAGUCUGGCUGGUCAGCCCUCACGGGCACGACGGACUUUGCCACCAUCGCCUCGCGCGCCACGCCCGAGCAGGCGCUCGCCUUUGAUCUGUUUGUCGACCGCGUCGCCGGCUUUAUCGGGAGCUACUUUGUCUCGCUGGGCGGCGACGUUGACGCACUCGUCUUUGCGGGCGGCAUCGGCGAGAAGAGCUGGGAGUUGCGGGACGCGGUCGCGCGCAAGGUUCAGUGUCUCGGCUUCCGCGUAGACGAGGGCAAGAACAAGGGCCCUCGGAAGGGCAUCGUCGACGAGAUCAGCGGCGAUGGCGGCAAGAAGGUGUUGGUGUGUCAGACGGACGAGCAGUUUGAGAUGGCUAGGAUGUGUGCCGCAAAGGAGGAGCUAUGGGCAUAG